AUUUUUCCAACCACUAAUUCAACUUAAAGCAGGAAGUGUUCAGUUGUUUUAGCUAAAUAUUUGACAAGGAAACAAACGUUCGUUUCCUGGGGCUCUUUUUGUUCUUUUUAUUAGUUUUACCGAAAGUUUUAAUCGUUUACGUCUUUAUCUGCAUCCGUUUUUCAAAGUGCGUACGUUUCACACACGUAGCAUUAGUUGACACUAAUCGGGCGUUUGAAAUUCCGCUUCGUUGUGAUCAUGAGAGUUCUGGUUCUGCCUAAUCUGGCCGUUGUGCCGAGUGCUGGAAUGGCAUGACGUCUGCUCGACCCUGCUAACCUGCCAGCAACGUUUCCUGCCGUUAUGGAGGAGCGAAAACUGAAACGAAAGAGCCCCAGGACCCCCACAACCCCCGCGGCGGCUACGGUGACUGUGGCAGCGCCUACCACCACCGGUGGUUCUGCACGGAAACUCAGUUCCUCCACCGGGGGCAAGCAUGUCGGCUCCAGCCAGAAGAACAAGAAUAGAAGGGGAGUUCGUGACAAAUCAAAAUAUCAAAUGGGUUCCAGUGUUCGCCCCAGUCCUAAUCAGAACCAGACGGCACCCAUCAUCCAGCACUCAUUCUUGACUGAUGUCUCUGACGUGCAGGAGAUGGAGAAGGGACUUCUCAGCCUUCUCAAUGACUUCCACAAAGGGAAACUGCAAGCAUUUGGUAACGAGUGCUCCAUCGGCCAGAUGGAACAUGUGCGUGAGAUGCAGGAGAAGUUGGCCCGCUUGCACUUUGACCUGUACGGAGAGGAAGAGGAGAUGCAAGGCGACCAGAGAAAAACAGCCCGGGACACCAACAUGGACAAGUUGCUUUUGAAUCUGGAGGAGUUGAGCUCAUCCAUACAGAAACUAAAUCUGACCGACAGCCAAGAGAUUCCGAGGUCUGCCAGCGUGUGACUUGCCUGCUUGCCAGGCGUUGCAGGAAACCUGCUCGUUGCAAAUGAGAACUUUUGGGUGCUGCCAAUGUAAUUGUACUAAAUAUCAAGAUUCUACUCGUUGAGGCACUUUACUAUUUAGUCUGACUCAUCACCAGCAUAUGUUUGCUGUUAGAGAUAAUGUCCUGCAGAGGAAGCGCUAUGUUCUAACCAAAGUGAUUUGAAUUAACUUGACAACAGAUUGUUUUGCUGCAAAUAACGUUGCACUUUAUAUUAUCAAAUCAACCUGUGUGUAAUCGAAAAGAUUUGUCAUAUUACGUGUGCCGUGUGGGGAAACCAAGAAAGUUGAAUGUUCAUUACCACUUCUAUUUUUUUCCAGGAUGAGACCAGAAUAAUGACUCAAUUCUUGAGUUGUCACCGAUGCCACUCGUACUUUUAACAUUUCCUGCAAAAAACAAUGGCAUAAUUUUAAAGAAAAAACGAUCACAAUCCAGUAAAUCUUCUUAAAAUUGUGUGAAAUUAACGACAAUGUUCUAUUCUAAUUCCUGGUUGUAAAACGCGGAUCGCCGAUAAUGGCCGUCGAGAGUGCUAAUACCUUGAAAUAAGGCUGGUAUCUGCAUCGAUAUUUCACUCUUCCUUCGUUUAACCCCUUUCAGCGUCAAUAUUAGAUUGUUUUGUGUUUUCCCUGUUUGGCUGCAAGCAAUCCAGUAACCCAAAUAUUGACUUCACAACCAUGCCUUUGUUCUUAUUUAAGCCAAAUGUGAAUCGUAAUCAUUAAUCACGUGCCGCUUUGACUGUCAGUGUUGGAGAUCUAUUAUAUUAUGGAUGGUGAUGAUUUUAAUAAAAUAAUUGCGAAUCAGAAA